CGGGUGGGUAGCAACAGUUGCCCUGGUGAGGACGAAGCGCCAUAGCCACGGUAGCCCUGGCGACAAGAACCCAGCAACGAGAAUCAACAACAACAACUGAAUCCACCAUAAAAAUAAAAAGAAGAUAUUUCACUUUCGGGGGCAAACGUACGUGGAAUCGGACGUGAAGUUCUAGGGUGAUUGCCAGCAUUUGAGAUGGCCACCUCAGCCUAUGUAGGGGAGCUGCAAUCACCAGCCCAACUCCAGGGGGCUGCUGUGACCGUUACACCAGGUCAGCCUGAUUCUGCCUCCAGCCCUGCAACUACUCCUCAGUUUCUGGCAGAGAUUCAAACUACUGUGGCUACCCCCACUGUCGUCACGCCCACAGGCCAAACUGCUCCCACCGAACAGGCUUCCUCUGUUGCCUCUCAGAAGCCUGCAGCAGGGAGUCAAACCCAGAGCGCAUCACAGACGCAGUACGUGACGGCAGAGAUCCAGGGUUCCCCCACGCAGUCUGGAAACGCUCAAAGCACCCCUCAGUACAUUGUUGUCACAGUCACAGAGGGUUCUCUUCACUCAAGUGACAGCGUGUCAGAUUCUAGCCCACCUCCAGCUGUUGUGCAGACAGGAGUUCCCACACAGGUUGUUCAGCAAGUGCAGACAGCCCAGCAGAGGUCGGUGGUGCAGGCCACUUCUCAAAUUGCCAAAACUGAGCCAGACACACAGCUCAGUGUCACCAAUCUACAGCCUGUUCACAUCACACAAGAAGUCCAGCAGCAGCUAGCUUCAGUGCCGGUGCAGCAUGUUUAUGCCAACCAAGUGCAGUAUGUGGAGGGAGGAGACAGCAGCUACACCACUAGCACCAUUCGCUCCAGCAACUUCCCCUACACUGAGACGCCCCUGUACACCCAGAGCACAGCUGCCCAGUAUUACGAAGGCCAGCCAACAUCGGGCGCUCAGGCCUCAUCCCCUGGCACAAGUUUGACAGUCGCCGUGACUGCAGGCACCACAGGGGGUGUGUCCAUGUUUGUGGCCCAGCCCACUAGUGCGGCAGGGGGCGGGGCCACUGUAGUGACCGCCGGGGGUACGGCCAACGGGUCAGAGGAAGGGGCGGGCACCAAUGGUAGCGCAGCAGGCAGCUAUGUGAUCCAGGGUGGUUACAUGCUGGGCAGUGGCAGCAACAGCAGCAGCAGCAAUGGAGGGGCGGCUGGGAACAGCCAGAACUACUCACACAGCGCCCGCGCCUCCCCAGCCACUGUGAGUAUUACAGAGGGCGAGGAGAGUAGCGUGCCGUCGGCAGACAAGAAGGUACAGUGGUUACUGGACAACUAUGAGACGGCUGAAGGAGUAAGUCUGCCUCGGUCCACUCUGUACUGCCACUACCUGCUGCACUGCCAGGAGCAGAAACUCGAACCAGUCAACGCCGCUUCUUUUGGGAAACUCAUUCGUUCUGUGUUCAUGGGGCUACGCACACGUCGCCUGGGCACCCGGGGUAAUUCCAAAUACCAUUAUUAUGGACUGAGAAUCAAGGCAGGGUCAUCUCUCCUGCGCCUGAUGGAAGACCAACAACAUUUGGCCAUGAGGCAGCAGCCAUUCUCUCAGAAACAAAGGUUGAAGCCUGUGCACAAAGUGGAAGGGAUGACCAAUGGGACAGCAGCAGGAGCAGGCCAGCAGCAACAGCAGCAGCAGGGAUCAGGGCAUGUGGACAUCAGCACCCAGGUUCAGCAGUACCAGCAGUUCCUGGGUGGGUUCGGUGAUGGUUUAUGCUACGAUGACAGUUAUCAGACAAUUCCAACGGAUGCUUCCCGAGCUCUGCCAGAGUUUCCAGACAUCGACCUCCAUGGAAAGUCUCUCCCAGAGGGAAUUGAACUGGACCACAUAAAAAGCUUUCAGCUGCUUUACAGGGAACACUGUGAGGCCAUACUGGAUGUGAUGGUCAAUCUGCAGUUUACACUGGUAGAGACUCUGUGGAAAACCUUCUGGAGGUUCAGCCAAAGUCAAGCUGGAGAUGCCCCAAUGGCUGUGCAUGAUGAGUCAGAGAAGCGCCUCCCGAAAUCCUGCCUGGUGUUGCUGUGUAAGUACGAACCAGUGCUGCGCUGGAGUCGUGACUGUGACAACAGCCUUUACCAGAGCCUGGUGGAGAUCCUUAUCCCUGACGUCCUCAGACCCAUCCCCAGUGCCUUAACUCAAGCCAUUCGUAACUUUGCCAAGAGCCUUGAGAGCUGGCUGACUAAUGCCAUGAUGAACAUCCCUGAGGAAAUGGUCCGCAUCAAGGUGACAUCAGCCAAUGCUUUUGCCCAGACGCUGCGCCGCUACACCAGUCUAAACCAUCUUGCCCAGGCAGCCCGGGCUGUCCUCCAGAACACAGCUCAGAUAAACCAGAUGCUCUCUGACCUCAACCGAGUCGACUUUGCAAACGUCCAGGAGCAGGCCUCAUGGGUGUGUAGAUGUGAAGACCGUGUCGUCCAGCGGCUGGAGCAGGACUUCAAGCUGACCUUGCAGCAGCAGAACUCAUUGGAGCAGUGGGCCGUGUGGCUUGAUGGGGUGGUCUCCCAGGUCCUGAAACCCUAUCAGCACAGUCCAGCCUUUCCAAAGGCUGCAAAACUCUUCCUACUAAAGUGGUCAUUUUACAGUUCCAUGGUCAUCAGGGAUCUGACCCUGCGAAGUGCGGCCAGUUUUGGCUCCUUUCACUUGAUCCGUCUGCUGUACGAUGAGUACAUGUACUACCUUAUAGAGCACAGAGUGGCCCAGGCUAAAGGAGAAACCCCCAUUGCUGUUAUGGGAGAGUUUGCCAGUUUAGGUCGCGGUUUGAACCAGAUGGAUCCUGACAAAGAAGAAGACGAGGAAGAAGAUGACGAGAGUGAGGAAGAAGGCCAGGAGCUGUCUCUUCCUCCUGAUGGGGCGGUUCUUGGAGAGGAGUCUCUGGAACCUCCUGCCAAGUUAGCCAGAACGGAUCAGCGAGUCCUCUUCACCACGGGCUCCGCUGACAACUAACCUGCUCCUGUUUGUCACAUCCACAGAUGUACAAAACCCUCCACUAAUUUAUACGUUUGAUAGCUGUAUGUAUGUAGAUCCAGUCAAUGAACACUGUCGCUGCAAACUGUUUUAAGUGGGUGCAAUGCUAUCCAAACUCUUUUUAACUGCUGCUGCCUGGAUGGCAAAACCACUUGUAGAGUUACACGACAUUCACAGCUGCAACAGGAUGUGUGGCUUUAAAAACCAUAAUCCUGAUGCACAGAGAAUCACAGAAUAACUUUUGUGUGAAUCUGUAAAAAAAAAAAAUAAUAAGAACCUAAAACUAGGCAUGUUUUAUUUAAAUCACAUCAACCUGUUGCCUAGUUAAAACCCCUGCUCUCCCCUCCAACCUGAACCCAUCACUGCCAUACGUAGGUGGUCUUUAAAUGCUGCAAUCUUUGUGUGUAGAGGAGAGCAGCAGAGUUCAAACAGUGGGCGCUAAAUGUGGUUGUUACUUAUCUGUGAAGAGCUACGAUAUUAAAAAAAACUGAUCUGAGAGCUGUAAAAAAAAACAAAGCAGAACAAAAACAGCAGGUUGGGGUGGCUUUGUUUAGUGUGCUUUUGUUUUCUGUCAGCACCAUUAAGCUGUUGUUUCUGAAAGCUGACCCGUUUAUUUUUUCCCUUGGUUGUGUGUGAUUGUAAGUAAUGGGAAGUGUUUCUGUAGAUAUUUUCUUACACAUUUGGGAGGAUUUGAUUCUAUCAGCCUGUAAAGAAAACAUACAUGUGUUUAUUGGGUGCCUCCUUUCAGCUGCUACACACUUGUAAAGUCAGAAGCUACAGCUGUUUUAUAGGGACUCCUACUAUAGUUUCACAACAGGUGUACUGUAUGCGUGACAUUUUGUUCAAAGUGCUUUAAUCCUGCCUAAUAAGUUCCUCUGUGGCCUCAUUUCCUUUGAGAUGUUAUUUUCUUGCCUUGUUCAUUAGUUUUCCUCAUUUUUGUGCCAAACCUUUUUCUUUCUUUGUGGCUACUUUUUUUUUCCUUUUUUUUUUAUUUUUCUGGGUUUGUUUUUAGGAGGACUGUGCCUGAGUAAGAACAUUGAAAUAUCCUACUGUAUAUUUAUCCACUAUCUCUGAAUUCUGUUGUCACUAAGUGAACCUCUCGUGCCGUGUGUGGUGCUGUGUUGUCUCACAUUGUAAGCAGCAUUUUUGUGUGCUUUAUUGAUUUGUGAUUGUAUGUUGAGUUAUCAAACCCUCGAUUAUAUCUGAUGACUUUACCACAGACAGGCUCUCUUUGCACAUAUUGACUGUUGUCUUUAAAAAAGUGAUACAAAGCUAGUUUUUUUUGUUUUCACCUUCAUCCUUGAAGUCUUAAGUGUAUUUCUAGUGGUGAGAUGUAGGCAUCAGAUCGCAUGUUAAUAUUUCAGAUCGCUCAGUUCAGAGACUUUGGAGGUGAGAAGUCUGAAAGCUUUUCUUCUUUUCCUGCACGGCCUGCACCGCCGUGUCUCAUCUCACUGCAUUUCAGCCAUCCUGCCAUUGGCUUUGUUUUGCUUCAACCCUCCAUAUUCUUAAACACUGUUCAUCAGAAUUGGUUGACGUAAACAUUUCAUCUAUUUUUUUUUCUGGAAUAUUUUAGUGCUCUGUCUUUAAAUGGCUGCAGUGCACAGGGAUUGACAGCUUUCAAACCAGCACAUUAGCUUUUAAAAUGGAAUCUAAUGCUACUACAGCUGAGAACAUAUCACUCCAGGCUUUCUAUGAUCGACACCAUUCAGAGUGGUUCAACCAGUGAAACUGUUUAGUCAUUUUUAUAGUGCGUUGUUUCUUAUGUACAAAACAAAUUGAAGUUAAUAAAAUAAGAUGUUCGGUGGCAGUGUUUUUUGAAUUUGGUCCGCUAUAAGUAUGACUGUGCCUUUGGAGGUGGUAGAAUGCAAAUCAGAUGUUUCUAAUUUUAAAGAUAUAAAUUAAAGGACUUUUUAAAAUGAAA